AGUUUUUGCUCCAGGUUCGUCCGGGACGAAGUUGGAUCGUCCGGGACGAUCGGUACAGGUUGUGCAGAAAAUCAGUUUUGGCUGUAUGGUUCGUCUGGACGAAAUCAGGAUCGUCUAGACGAAAAUUCUCCCGUGAACCCUUCGCCAGGGACGAUAUGUCAUUUUUCGUCUGGACGAAAUUCCUCUCUUCAUGGAUCGUCCGGUACGAAGCUCGAUCGUCCAGGACGAUCAGUUUGGAUAUAUAUAGAAAUGAGAUAUUUUGAAGAGAGAGAAAAAGCUGAGGAGAGAGAAAAACGAAGGAAAAAGUGGAAAAGCGGAUUUUCGGACGACGCGGAGCCGUUUUCGUCCGAAGUGGCUGUUGAGGAAAUUGCUGUGCUCGAGGUUCUGGGAAGGGCAAGGAAGUUCAGGACUAGGUUUCAGAGUCUGAUCAGAUUAGGUACUUUUGUACUUUUGAUUUUUGUACAGUCAUGGCUUUUCUGUUCUGUCUUUCUUUCUGUUGAAAGCCAUGUACUGUUCUGUAGAUGAUUAUUUUGAGGAAAUGAAAAGAUAGAUGUUUUGUUCCGCUGCAUUUGAUGUUUUUAGUAGCUCUGUUGUUCUGUGUGCUUCUGUUGAGUUAAGAAUUUGAAAGAUCAGUUCAGUAACCUAAUCCAAAGCCAGAUCCUGGUUAAGAAAGGUCUCUCGUCGCGAUCCGGCUCGGGCGGGAUCCGUCCCCGUCGGGUCGGGUCGUGACAAAGCUUUUUUUUGUGGUAUCAGAGCACUGGUUUUGGAAACAGGUUGAAUUGUAAAACAGAGCUCUAGGAAGUGAUCAGUGAGUCUGUCUAGGAGGUAGUUUUGGGUCGUUUGGCUUUUUAUUGUGUUAUUUUGUGUUGUUUUGUGAUAGUUUUCCGGAUUUUCUGGAUUUUUCUGUAUGGAUCAGCCAGACCCAGACAUGACAGACGGUCAGAGUGACGAUCAGGCAGCACCAGUGGGGAGUACAGCCCCAGUGGUCGGUGCUGAUACGCUUUCACAGUUUGCUUCACUUGUUGCUCAGAUGAUGAGCGAGACUCAGAGCAGAACUUCGACUGUUAGAUCUGAGGACAUUGAUCGACACCUGCAGUUAUUUUUGAGGUUGAAGCCUCCGAGGUUUGAGGGCGCUGUUGAGCCCAGAGCAGCCGAGGAGUGGCUGAGGAGAUUGGAGAAGACUUUUGACGGGAUGCAGUGUCCUGCAGACAGGAAAGUUCCGUUAGCUGUUUUUCUGUUGGACGGUGAGGCUGAGCACUGGUGGGAUGGCCAGCAAGCAGCCAGAUUUCAGGGCAGAUUGAACUCUUUGAUUACUUGGGAGGAGUUCACCGAAGUAUUUCGGGACUGGUUUGUUCCCCCUUCUGCACGACAGCAGAUGCAGGAGAGUUUUCUGAGACUUGUUCAGGGGAGCAAGACGGUGAUGCAGUACGAGGCUGAGUUUACUGCAUUAGCCAGGUACGCUCCGCAGCUGGUUAGCACGUCUGCUGAGAGGUGCUACAGAUUUCUGAGAGGCUUACGAGACACUUUGAGGCAGCCUCUGAUACCGUUCCGGAUUACUGAUUUCUCUGAGCUUGUGGAGCGAGCUCGUCUGAUUGAGAAUGACAUGACGGCUACUCAGCAGCGGUGGACUGCGAGUAGGAAGAGGUUUGGAGGAGAGACAUCUGGCAGUGGUUCCUCUGGGAAGAGGAGAUUUGUUCCUGGAUCUGGAUCUGGAGAUUCCAGGAAGAGCGGAGGAUCGUCUGGUACUGCUACCAGUACGACUAGUUCUGGAUCUGUCAGUACGGCACCUGUGUGCCAGAGUUGUGGACGGCGACACCAUGGCCAGUGCUACAGGAUAGCUGGUCUUUGUUUCAGAUGUGGUCAGCCGGGACAUAGGAUUGCAGAAUGUCCGCAGAUGGGAUUUGAUCAGCGUUCUGAGCAGCGAUCUGAGGGCUUUGUCAGACCUGUUGGUUCAGCAGCAGGAAGACCGAGGACUGUUCCUCCUCGCCCUGAGGGAUUUGCUGGUAGAGGUGGUGGUUCUAGUUCUGCACCGCGGAGACCACCUACGAUUCAGAGGGAGCAGAGUAGUUCUGUUGCUUCAGUUCCUGCUCCAGUUCAGCCACGAGUUUACAGUCUGAGUCAGCAGGAGGCUCGUGAUGCUCCGGAUGUUGUGACAGGUACGGUUUACAUUUCUGAUCAGCCCUGUCGUGUUUUGUUUGACUCUGGAGCGAGUCAUUCUUUUCUGUCCGAGCAUUGUUUUGAGAUUUUACAUUUGGAUUCGAUGGUUUUACCGAUUUCUUUGUCUGUGAUUUUACCGGCGGGGAAUCCAUUGAUUGCUCGACAGUUUUGUUUGUGUGAGAUCGAGAUUUCUGGCAAGAAGUGGAAAUCGAGUUUGAUUCGAUUGCCGAUUUCUUCGUAUGAUGUGAUUCUGGGCAUGGAUUGGCUGAGUCAGUAUGAGGCUCAGAUAGACUGUCUGAAGAAGCAAGUGAGUUUGCUUGUGGCUGGAGAGAGAGUUGUAUUUCAGGGAUUACGAGGUGUUCUCUCCAGUCUGGUUUCUGUGUUGGAGGUGAGCAGGAUGUGGAAGAAAGGAUGUCCGGUAUUUUUAGCUUCGGUGCGGGAUCUGAACCUGGAGGUUGGUUCUGUUUCUGAGAUCCCUGUGGUACGGGAAUUUGCUGAUGUUUUUCCUGAGGAGUUGGUUGGUUUACCUCCGGAUAGAGAUGUGGAGUUCUCUAUCGAUGUUUUUCCGGGUACAGCUCCUAUAUCGAAAGCUCCGUACAGGAUGGCACCGAAAGAACUUUCUGAGCUGAACUUUCAGCUUCAGGAGUUGGUUGACAGAGGUUUUGUACGUCCUAGUGUUUCGCCCUGGGGAGCACCUGUUCUGUUUGUGAAAAAGAAGGACGGUACACUCCGUAUGUGUAUUGAUUACAGAGAUUUGAACAAGGUCACGAUCAAGAACAAGUAUCCUUUGCCUCGGAUAGACGACUUGUUUGAUCAGCUUUCCGGAUCUUCGGUAUUUUCGAAGAUUGAUUUGAGAUCCGGAUAUUAUCAGGUGAAGGUGAAGGAAGCUGAUGUGGUGAAGACAGCUUUCAGUACUCGGUACGGGCACUAUGAGUUUUUGGUUAUGCCUUUUGGGGUAACCAAUGCGCCUGCGAUUUUCAUGCGUGAUGGCAUGCAGGCGCGUGUGGGCAGGCGAGCGGGUAGCCUCGGGUGCGCGGUAGAGUGCUAG